AAAUUGUUACUAAUAGUUUUAUAAAGCAUAUUUGAAACAUUAGGAUUUUCAAAUAAUCCUGUUUGAUAAAGCAACCACUUUGAUUAAUUUAGGCAGCAUAAAUAAUAUUCCUCCACUCCCAUAUCCAAACACACACACAACACAACACAACACACAAUGAGAAGCCACACUUCCCUCAAGUCUCAAACUUCUCUCCGCCCCAUGAAACGCUCCUCCUCCUCCCCGGCCGCGGGGGCGGUCGAGUUCCCGACGUCGCCGCAGUCGGCCUCGGGAGACGGGAUGCUGCAUUACGCCCACUCCGAGCACCCAUUGCUCCAAGUCACUCUCCCGGAGCUCUUCACAUGCGGCGGCUGCAAGGAGUACGGCGCAGGCCGGAGGUUUGCGUGCGCGCAGUGCGACUUCCAGCUGCACGACUUCUGCGCCGCCUCCCCUCCCGUCUUGAACAGCCACCCGUUCCACGGCCAGCACCAGCUCGUUUUCCACGCCAAACCAAAAACGGCAAAAGGCGGGAUUUCGUGGCCGAGGUGCGGCGUCUGCGGAAAGUCGAGCAAAGGGUUCGCCUUCCGAUGCAGAGCCUGCAGCUUCCAGAUGCACCCGUGCUGCGCCAUGCUGACGACGGAGGUUCGGUUCCCGUCUCAUCCGCACCCGCUGAGGCUGCUGCCGGCGGUGAGCACGACGAGCGCCGGCAACGGGGCUGCGGCGGCGUGCGGGGAGUGCAACAAGAAGAGAUCGGGAAGGGUGUAUCGGUGCACCGUGUGCGAAUACCAUCUCCACGCGGUGUGCGCCAAGGUUUUCAUCAACGGCCUCCAAGCCAACGGCAUACCUACGCCCGAGAAGCCUAGCCCCCUCGGAACUGCAGCCCGUCUCGCAGGCCAGGUGGUCAUAGAGUUCAUCGGAGGCCUCAUCGAGGGCCUCGGAGAAGGGAUGGGAGAAGCCCUGGUUCAGAACAUGGUAAGAGGAAGGUGUAUUAGCAGGAGGAGGAUACAACAACCAUGACUUACUUUAUUCCUCAAUUCUUUGCCUAAUGCAACAAAUGUAUGUAUAAUUAUGCAAUCUCUUCAUUGCUGUAAUAAUGAAAUCAGUUUGUAUA